AUGGGGUUUAUAUUUUCAAAAUCUAUGAACGAAAACAUGAAAAACCAACAGGAAUUCAUGCUUGCGAAUGCUCGGCUUCAGUUGGAAAGACAGCUAAUGAUGCAGAACGAAAUGAGAGAAAGACAAAUGGCCAUGCAGAUUGCUUGGUCUCGGGAAUUCCUCAAAUAUUUUGGAACAUUUUUUGGCAUUGCAGCCAUCUCUUUAACAGCUGGAGCAAUAAAAAGGAAGAAGCCAGCCUUCCUCUUCCCUAUUAUUCCAUUAGGCUUUGUCCUCACCUACCAGUAUGAUUUGGGCUAUGGAACUCUUCUACAAAGAAUGAAAGUCCGUUUCUUCAUCAGUGUUUGCGGCACUCACAUCUGGGCAGAGGACAUGAGGAAGCAGCGUAAGACAAGAUCUGGACCAUCUACAGAAAUCAUGCAAUUUUCCACCACUAAGAAUGCAGGACCCUUAAAUAUGAGGAUGGAAUUCAUUCCUACUUCUCAACAGGAACUGAAGACAACACUGGCCGAGAAGCAGACAUUAUUGAAAGAACUACUACAACAAGCUUCAUCAAAUGAUAUACAUAUUACCUUUGAAGAAUUUAAGAAAAAUGGUCUCCAAAGACACAGUGAAGCAGAAAACAAAAGUCUUUCAGAAUUAAAAAACAUACGCUUAGUUAAACAUUUCCUAAAAAAGAGAGAGGCCCCUUACCUAUUAUCUAAUAAGUGUUGUUAUAUAGGCUGUACCAAAAAAGAGGUGGCUGUCUUCUGCUGA